UGAAAAGUUUGAUGAAUAAAUAAUAAUUCUAAUAAGGAUAGAGAGUUGUUUGGAAUAUUAUUAUAUGUAGAAAUUUAUUAAUAAGAAAAUAUGAAAAAGUAUUUGAGGUAAUGAGAGUGUAUUGACUAUUAAUGAAAUUAAUUAGUACCUUUUAGGAUGAAUGACUAAUAUGUUAGAUUUCCUAAAUAAUGUUUAGGGAAUCUAACAUAUUUAGUAAUAAAUAAAUAUUACAUGCAUAGAAGAUUUGUUAAGCAAAUAAACUUAAAUAGAUUCUUAGUACUAUAGAUUAUUAAGUUCUUAUUUGUAAGAUGCAUAGAUUAAAAUAGUAUAUUCAAAAUGCAAGUCUAAUUAUGAUUAAGAAGAGAUAGUGAUACAAGAAAAUGAUUGAAAAGGAAUAUAUAAUAUAUUUAUGUUAUCUAUAUUUAAUUUAUGAUGAAGUAGACUAAUCAGAUUUCAAAAAUGAUGCGUGUGAAUAUUAUCAAUUAAAAUUAGAUUAGAGUAUAAUAUAUUUAGAAUGGGAAUAGAGUUUGGAAGUGUAUUUAUAGAUAGG